AUAAGCUCGGAGUUGACAAAAGCGAUCUGUCUCAGUUGAAACAUUUUGGACACAGUUUUUUUUUUAUUUCCAGGUUGUGUCCUGGAUACGGACCACACUGGGAGGAUUACGUUAUCCGGCUGCCAACCUCAUUUCUCCGUGCUGUGCCAAGGACAAGGUCUCACCGUGGACUUGACCACCACCAGACGGCAGAGAGAGCAAAGUGGGACUUUAUUGUUCAAGGCUAGCUAGCUAGCUUUGCCAAGCGGCUUGUUUUUGUGUGUAUAGCGUGGACCGCAGGCUAUAUGGCUGCGAAUUACGAGCCGAUAUAUGGACUAUCAGAAGAUGAGAAUGAAACGAGAGUGCUGCGGGUUAAGGUCAUUGCAGGAAUGGAUCUGGCGAAGAAAGACAUCAUUGGAGCCAGCGAUCCUUACGUCAAACUAUCGCUGUACGUUGCGGAUGAAAACAAAGAGCUAGCCCUAAUCCAGACAAAAACCAUUAAAAAGACCCUCAACCCAAAAUGGAACGAGGAAUUCUACUUCAGAGUGUGUCCGCAGAAUCACAGGCUACUCUUUGAGGUGUUUGAUGAAAACCGAUUGACCAGAGAUGAUUUCCUGGGACAGGUUGAUGUUCCUCUCAGUCAUUUACCGACAGAGGACCCUGCCAUGGAGCGGCCCUACACGUUUAAAGACUUCCUGUUGCGGCCCAGAAGUCACAAGUCCAGGGUGAAGGGUUAUCUGCGUCUGAAGAUGGCCUAUCUGCCCAAAGUUGGAGGACCUGAGGAGGAGCCUGGAGACAUGAGGGAGGAGGCUGAGGGAUGGGAUGAGUCCGCUGACUCGGGCUCCCAGCGACCCCAGCAGCUGCUCCCUCCGCUGCCCCCCGGCUGGGAGGAGAAGGUGGACAACCUUGGACGGACCUACUACGUCAACCACAACAACCGCAGUACACAGUGGAAACGGCCCUCAAACAUGGAUGUGAUUUCAGAGACUGAGAGUGAUAAUCAGCAGCGGCAGAUCCAUCAGGAAGCACAUCGUGUUUUCCGUUCGAGGCGCCACAUCAGUGAAGACCUAGAGAACGAGCACAUGGAGCCCAGAGACUUAGACAAUUCCUGGGAGCUCAUCACAGAGGAGGAUCCGAGCGACAGCCAGGCCCAGCCGCUGCCCGGCCCCUCCAACAUCUUGCCCCCGCAACUACCGUCGACACCCGUCACCCAGGACUUCUCUGAAGAUUUAAAUCUGAGGCUGACGCUCACUCCCGAAACCAACGGCGAAUUGCCUGGGCCCAGCUCUGCUCUGCAGAACCAGCUGUCAAACAGACUCCGGUCCUCCAGUAUGACGGAUGGUGUCAGUGAACAGGCCCAGGCUGCUCCUCUUAUGCAGGGCUCCCAGACCAGAAGAACGAGAGCUCAAACAGUCUCAGGUGGUGAGGAGUCCAUGUCUCCCUCAUCGACUGCUUACGCCUUGACCACCCCCGGCCUGCCCCCUGGAUGGGAGGAGAGGAAGGACGGCAAAGGAAGAACUUAUUUCGUCAACCAUAACAACCGCAACACUACGUGGACUAGGCCCAUUGUGCAGCUGACUGAAGACGGAGCCAGCACCUCAGCAGCUGCUUCCAACAACCACCUCCAUGAGCCCCAAGUCCGACGACCUCGUAGCCUCAGCUCCCCUACUGUCACCCUAUCCACCCCCAUGGAGGGAGCCAACAAUAUUCCGGUGCGGAGGGCUGUGAAAGACACCGUGUCCAACCCGCAGUCUCCCCAGCCGUCGCCCUACAGCUCCCCCAAAUCACAGCCCAAAACCCAGCAGAGCUUCCUGCCCCCGGGCUGGGAGAUGAGGAUAGCCCCCAACGGACGGCCAUUCUUUAUCGACCACAACAGCAGAGUCACCACCUGGGAGGACCCCAGGUUGAAAUAUCCGGUCCACAUGAGGAAUAAGACCUCAAUGGAGCCCGGGGAACUUGGUCCUCUUCCUCCUGGAUGGGAAGAAAGGAUUCAUUCAGACGGACGCACCUUCUACAUUGACCACAAUACAAAGAACACGCAGUGGGAGGACCCUCGUUUGCAGAAUCCGGCCAUCACAGGACCAGCUGUUCCCUACUCCAGAGAGUUCAAGCAGAAAUACGAUUACUUCAGGAAGAAGUUGAAGAAACCGGCUGACAUUCCCAACCGAUUCGAGAUGAAGUUACACAGGGGCAACAUCUUCGAGGAGUCGUACCGUCGCAUCAUGUCCCUGAAGAGGCCGGAUGUUCUGAAGUCGCGGCUGUGGAUCGAGUUUGAGUCGGAGAAAGGAUUGGACUACGGCGGCGUGGCCCGAGAGUGGUUCUUCCUCUUAUCCAAGGAGAUGUUCAACCCUUACUACGGCCUGUUUGAGUACUCCGCCACAGACAACUACACUCUCCAAAUCAACCCUAACUCCGGCCUGUGCAACGAGGAUCACCUCUCCUACUUCAAGUUCAUCGGACGUGUGGCAGGAAUGGCCGUGUUUCAUGGAAAGCUGCUGGAUGGUUUUUUCAUCAGACCCUUCUACAAGAUGAUGCUGGGAAAACAGAUCUCCCUUAAAGACAUGGAGUCAGUGGACAGUGAGUACUACAACUCUCUGAAGUGGAUUCUGGAGAACGACCCCACUGAGCUGGACCUCAGGUUCUGUAUAGACGAGGACAACUUUGGACAGACGUACCAGGUGGACCUGAAGCCCAGCGGCUCAGACAUGGUGGUCACCAAUGAGAACAAAAAGGAAUACAUAGACCUGGUCAUCCAGUGGAGGUUUGUCAACCGGGUCCAGAAGCAGAUGAACGCCUUCCUGGAGGGCUUCACUGAGCUUAUUAUCAUCGAUCUGAUCAAGAUCUUUGAUGAAAAUGAACUGGAGCUGCUCAUGUGUGGUCUGGGUGACGUCGACGUCAACGACUGGAGGCAACACACUGUUUACAAGAACGGCUACUGUCCCAACCAUCCUGUCAUACAGUGGUUCUGGAAGGUGGUCUUGCUGAUGGAUGCUGAAAAGAGGAUCCGACUCCUCCAGUUUGUUACAGGAACGUCUCGAGUGCCCAUGAAUGGUUUUGCUGAGCUUUAUGGCUCUAACGGACCUCAGCUGUUCACCAUCGAGCAGUGGGGAACACCAGAAAAGUUGCCAAGAGCUCACACAUGUUUCAACCGCUUGGAUCUUCCCACUUACGAAUCCUUUGAGGACCUGAGAGAGAAACUCCUCAUGGCUGUGGAGAACGCGCAGGGCUUCGAGGGCGUUGACUAGAGCGGCAGCCUCUGACUGCAUCGAACCAACCAACAAUUUAAAUUAAAAAAGAAAGAAUGCACCACAGGGAUAUGGAAGCAGCUGCUGUAGCAGUUGUGUGCGAGCAUGUUGUCCUGUAACGCCUGACUGUGAGUCCCCUCCACGGCACGCUGGCUUCAGACUGUACAGCCAUUUGUCCAGCAACUUUGCCUACGUCUUUAAAUCUCUUCAGAGUGGGUAGGUCACUCCUUAAAGGUGCUGGGGGAAGAAAGGGAGUGCCGCACUGCUGAAUGCUGACAUCUUUUAUCCGCAGGCAUGAGUGAUGAAUGAGCUGGCCCCUAAUCUGCCGUUUGUUCCCCCUCUACCCUCGUCCUGUGAAAAUCUACAGUGCUGGAAAACACUAAUGCAUUUCAAUAGCUCCUUACAUAUACUAUAGCACAUUAUUUAAGCACCCUUCAAUGCAGUGGAUUUAGCAUGGCCUUAAUCUGGCUCCUACAUGCACUAUUUUCUGUAAGAAACGGCAAAGGCACUAUGAUCACAACUCUCUCAAACACUUAGACCAACACCAGAUUACCUUAGGAAUGCUAGCCAAUCACAGUUCAGGAAAUCGGCCAGACCCUUCCGUAGAGCCUUGUCUAUUUGUUGUGUGAUCAAAAUCGCCGCUGCAGCCUUUUUGUAGUUUCCCCUUUUUUUUUUUAGCCACUGGUAAGAAUUCAAGAAAGGGGGAUCAAAUAAUCCCCAAAGAUUUUUUCAUAUAGUUGUUGUCCUCCUCGAAUAGUUUUUUUUUUUUUUAAAUCAUUGGUAUGAUUCUUUCAGGAAAAUACUCUUAACCCAUUUGUACUGAUGAACAAUGUUUACUAUUUGACAAUUCUAUACGACUUGGCGUGUGAAGUGUAAAUCUGGCUAGUCGGGGGAAUACUUAAUCCAUAUCAUUUGUUAUGGUGAUAGCAAAUGUGUUGAAUCAAAUGUUUUUUUAUCGUAGUGCUAUGAGAGCAGCAUGAAACCGUAUCUUGUGUUUGCUUUGACUACAUGGUAGUAAAUUGGACGUGUAAUUGGUCGAGAAGGGAAAUCUUAACACUUGGGGACAGUUCCUCCGAGAUGUUUGCGUAAUGAUUAUAUUAAUAUUCUCAUGCCUGUUGCUGUUCAUAAUGCUGUAAAUGGUUCUUGGAAAAAAAAAACACAUUUUAAGUUCUUUCCUGAUAUAUAAAUAUAUGUGAAUAUUAAGUAUUACUGAUCAAAAACACAAAAAAUGAAGCUGCGUGCGCGGGUGUUUGAGAGAAAGCUGUGAUUGCCACUGAAUAUAAAGCAGCACGUUUCUUACAAAGAAAAUGUUUUUUCUUUUUUUAUGUUUUUGUUUCUCUCCUUUUUCUAACACCAUUGAACCUAAAGGGCACUUUAUAGAUCACUCUGAGGUCAUGUCGCCUAGUGUAUGUCUUGCCAUUAACUUGAAUGUGAUUCUUUUUUCCCAUUCGGAGCACUUACCUGGUGCAAUAUAAAUAGUCUGUCAAUCUGGGCUGCUGCUAAGGUGGAAAACGGAAGUGAAGCAGAAACUUCACAUCUUUUAAGUCUUUAUUUUCUUUUGUCUCCUUGUUCUCCUCCCUUGUGUUUCCUCCCUCCCUCCCGUGAUCCCACCACCCCAACUACUCUGUAAAGAUUAGACCUUUUUUUAAUGAAUGACGGGAAAUAUCUCUUUUGUUAAAGAUUCCACCACUCUCUGCAACUCUCUGUGGUUCAUUUAACUUCAGUCAAAUAAAAAUGAAACUUCUCAGAA